GCGUGAAACGGUUAAAUGCGUUUGAAUAGCUGGACUGCGGUUCUUCCGAGUCACCAGCCACAUAUCAGUACUUGGUUACUGCCCAGGAUGGCGGGGAUGAAGGAAAAGCAGUUCCCUGAGGAAAAGCCCUUGCUCCCUGAGCAGCGAGGAACUGAUCCAGACUUGCAGGAGAAAGGAGAAGAGGCAUUAGGAGGGCAGCCAUGCCCUUCGAGCGUGAAGCCCUUUAACAACCCCGCUUCCCACAGUCGUCCUACUCAUCGUUGGCAUGUCAUCGCACGGCACUGGCUCCGCCAGACCCGCCAUCGGACGAGCGGGACCCUUCCGGAGAGCUGUGAACAACUGAUGCCAGUAGGCGAUUGGAAGGAACAUGAUGUUGAGACCCCUUAUGGGAUGCUGCAUGUGGUUAUCCGCGGGGCACCCAAAGGGAACAAGCCUGCUAUUCUCACCUAUCAUGAUGUGGGACUGAACCACAAGCUGUGCUUCAACACUUUCUUCAAUAAUGAGGAUAUGCAGGAGAUCACCAAGCACUUUGUGAUUUGCCACGUCGACGCGCCGGGACAGCAGAUUGGAGCGUCACAGUUGCCACAAGGGUAUCAGUAUCCCACUAUGGACCAGUUGGCUAGUAUGCUGUCCACUGUGGUGCAGCAUUUUGGAUUCAAGAGUAUCGUUGGGAUUGGCGUUGGAGCUGGAUCGUACAUCCUGGCCAAGUUUGCUCUGAUCUUCCCUGACCUUGUGGAGGGUUUGGUUCUGCUCAACAUUGACCCCAAUGGCAAAGGUUGGAUUGACUGGGCUGCCACAAAGCUGUCAGGACUGACAAGCGCCCUGCCAGAUACUGUACUGCCACAUCUUUUCAGUCAGGAGGAGCUGAUGAACAACACCGAGCUGGUGCAGAGCUACCGGCAACAGAUCAACAACACCAUCAACCAGUUUAACUUGCAGCUUUUCUGGAACAUGUAUAACAGUCGGAGGGAUUUGGAGAUGAACCGCAGCGGGACUGUGCUGAAUGCUAAAACCCUGAAGUGUCCGGUUAUGUUGGUUGUGGGGGACAAUGCCCCUGCGGAGGAAGGAGUGGUUGAGUGCAACUCCAAGCUUGACCCAACCAACACCACCUUCCUAAAGAUGGCUGACUCUGGUGGACUACCCCAGCUUACACAGCCUGGGAAGCUCACUGAAGCAUUCAAGUAUUUCCUUCAAGGAAUGGGCUACAUCGCUUAUGUGAAGGAUCGGAGGUUGAGUGGAGGGCCAGUGCCUUCCGCCAGUAUGACUCGUCUGGCUCGCUCCAGGACCGCCUCCCUGACAAGCGCCAGCUCCAUGGACGGGUCACGCUCUCGUGCCUGCACCCACUCCGACAGCACCGAGGGAGUUGGUGCAGUCACCCACACUAUGGAGGUUUCCUGCUGAGGUGUCAAAAGAAGAGGGGAGGAGGGGGUGGAGGGUACAGAGAGAAGCCAUAGGGGGCAACAGUAAAGAAGCCCGUAUUAGGGUAUUAAACAGUUAAUUAGAUAGGAUGAAGUAAAUACCCAUGAUCGCUCUCUCUGUCUUCAUCCUCUAGAUCCCUUAUCUGCUACAUUCUAUCUUCCUAUUGUAAAAGAUGUUAAUGUACAGUUACGGUCAGAAGUAUAAAGUACAUAACUCAUGGGGCAUGAAUGUCAUCUUAAUUUUGUACUUUUAAUGAUUGCUUUUUUUUUCUUUAUCAAUGGUGGAAUAAUUAGUCAAUUGACAUACAUCUUCAUUGAGUUUUGAAAACAAGAAUCUAAGAUAUACAUCCAUCCAUCCAUCCAUUUUCUUUACCGCUUAUCCUCAUUAGGGUCGCGGGCGUGCUGGAGCCUAUCCCAGCUAUCUUCGGGCGGGAGGCGGGGUACACCCUGAACCGGUCACCAGCCAAUCGCAGGGCACAUAGAAACAAACAACCAUUCGCACUCACAUUCACACCAACGGGCAAUUUAGAGUCUUCAAUCAACCUACCACGCAUGUUUUGGGGAUGUGGGAGGAAACCGGAGUGCCCGGAGAAAACCCACCCAGGCACGGAGAUAACAUGCAAACUCCACACAGGCGGGGCCUGAACCCCGGUCCCCAGAACUCUGAGGCAGAUGUGCUAACCAGUCGUCCACCGUGCCGGCUAAGAUAUACAUACCUAAAUCUUUCUAUAAAAGUUUUGAUGAAGGUUCUAGAAUGUCUUUCAAAUUGACAGGGCCAAGCCGUAUUAACUUCUUGUUGUGCAUCGUCAUGGAAUGCAGCAGGUCGUUUCUCUUUGCCAGCAUAAAAAUGAGUUGUAUGUCAGUACCCAUUGGAUUGACCAAAACUCAGAAACAUGUGAAUCAGAUCCAAUGAACUUGGCAAAGAUCAAAGAAGAAGAGAAAAUUGUUAACUUGUUAAGGUAAACUUAACAAAUAUUAGUGGGUUUUGUAGCCUUCUAUGUAUAAUUUUGACUUGUGGAUCAGAGAAAUUCAAAAUAAAUUUAAAUACGUGCACCCAAUUCUUGCUUUUAAAACUCAUUGAAGAUGAAAAGUUCAAAUCAUUCAUUCAACACCCCAAAUGUAUGAUACUCAUGCCCAUGAUGAGUGUUUGAAAUCUUCUAAUCGCAACUUUAUAUUGCUAUAGCCCCUUUCACCUUUGUAAUACAUUCCCCUCUAACUCAAUCUUGUUGCCCAGCAUUUAAAUUUGUACUCUUGACCAUCUCAUAGUUGUUUGCUAAGCAUUCCAUUAUUGGCUUGAACCCCUUUCACCCCCCCCCCCCCCCCCCCCCCCCCCAACACAUAAACACAGACACAUCAACCGUCUCUGUCGCCAUAUUCAAUAAAGAGCUUCUGAAGUAAUGAUAUGAAAAGGAGAAUGCGAAGAAGUCAAAGAACAAGUACGGGGUGCUAAAAUCUGUUUUGUAUCAGCACUUUACACGGUGGUCAUAGGAUGUCCAGAAUUUGACAGACAGCAGAACACAACCAACUAUGUUGUCCCAGGGGUGCUUAGAAUUGUGUGUAAUUGUAAGCUUGUUAGGGAACAACACACACGUACACACACACGCACACACAGUGAUAGGCCCAGAACAAGGACAGCUUUCCCCGUUUGGCCAAGUUGAGCAAACGUCAUAGGACUGGCCCUGCAGUAAGCACACCGAGCAAGAGGAUUUUUUUGCUCCAGCUGGAAAUACCAUCAUGACACAUCAGGCGAGCCUUCAUCCAGCCCAUAUCGAUGCUCGUGUGUUCUAAUGUGUACCUAUGUGUAAAUUUGUUGUAUAAGAUGUCCAUUGCCCAUGAAUAUAGUUUCUUUCCAAGCAUUCCCUCAUCCUUUGAUUUUUUUUUUUUUUUAAUUAUAGUACUGUACUGAAAAUAGAUCAGUGAUAUUAUCAACGACUAGUUGACGUCGACUUGACUUUCAUCACAUUAGUGUCAACUUGACAAAAAUCUGAGGUCGUGCAACCCUUUCUGUGUGUACUACCACUACAGGCUAAAGUCAGCUCAUCAUUUUUAUUUACUUGUUUUGAAUGACAUAUUUGCCAAAAAUGUGGCGCAACUAUAGCCAUGUACAAUAUAUUCAUCAAAAACACAAUUUUCCUGAUUUCCACAGUGAAAUAACAAUGCAUGAUUUGUGAGCUGAUGUUUAUACAUUAUGAUCGCAUCCUGAACAGAUAUUAACUUGACAUGGAAUUUAUUUACGCUGUUACUGAGAGCAGCUUUAAGAUAUAUGCCAUUCUAAGUCUAAGAAAUCCAUAACAGUAAUAUAGUAUAGAAUUGUAUUUGGUAACAUCUAUAUGUACGUGAUGUCUAAUCUUAGGGUGCUUUAGUAUAUGUAUAGUAUAUAUAUAUAUAUAUAUAUAUAUAUAUAUAUAUAUAUAUAUAUAUAUAUAUAUAUAUAUAUAUAUAUAUAUAGUCUUGUGUUAGGGUAUACAGUACAAUGUUAGACCUCACAUGUGGUUACUUCAAUAGAGCCAUGUUUGUAACUACCAUCAUCAGUCUGUAACUCCACUGCAUGGUUGUGGUUCUGGUUGUAGUCAACUCUGUGUGGUCCCCACGAUGACAAUUGCAUUCUGAUCCAAACCAAACAAGACCAGUGGGACUGAGGCCGAACCAGACUUGUCCCCUUCUUUUUGCUCGGUUGCCCACCACCAAAAAAAAAAUAAAAAAAUAAAAUCGAAACUUUUCCUUAUUGCAACUAGCCCCUCUCCUUAUAUGUACCAAAGUUACACAAACACACACGCACAUACACACUCCCACACAUAAAUAUAAGUAGAGUACUGAUACAAAAACUGCACGGGCUGGGUGUUGAAAGGGAACUGAGACCAGGAAAAAAAGCCGUAAAAAGUCAUACAUUAGAUUAGUCUUUUUUUUUUUUGUGUGUGUUCUGUAUAACCAUAACCUCAUUAGUAUAGUACAUGUACAAUAUUUAUUUAGAGCUUUAGAGUAGGGAAGUUGUGUGCUGUUGCCUGCUCUUAUACUGGACCGCAACGGUUUCCCUGUUUAUUGGAUUAAUAAUGUCCAACGGCGAUGGACCGUAGUCACCAAUGUCUCCUGUUACGGAAAUCCCGUGGUCAGGUCAGUCAUAGCAUUCAAUUGCUGAGGUGUGCACAUCUCUGAGAUGGCCUGUGAGAAGCGGGGCUGUUUUGGAGCCAUUUGGGCGCCAAGCUCAGAAUGUAGGGCAACCCCCGACCACCUUGAAAAAAUUAUUCCCACUCCCUAAAAAAAGGUGCCCCGAUUCUCACAGGUGAACCCAGUUGCACCCUAAAGGGCUAUCAGCUGAAGUCACUUUUAUGAAAACGUCUGCCACUGGAUGUGUUUCUGAGCACUGAGGGACUAACAAAGACAGAUAAGAGAAUGUGAUUUUAAUGAUGCCGGAGAGUAAAUUGACAUGGAAGGUUACAUUUUAAACUAUACAAUUCAUGUAAAUUCCCAUAUUCAUAUUCAUUAAAAAUGGGAAAUGGAGGCGUUAGGAUAGUAUAUUGCAUGGAAAACAAACACCUAAUUUUUUUGCAUGGAGUAGAGAGUUUGGACUGUAUAAAGACAUCCUUCAAGACAAACUGCCUUGGGGGCGGGGGGAUUACGGGGUAUGGUGUUCUCCUGAAUGUAUUUUGUCCCUUUUUUGAAGUGCUGUACAGUAUUGUCACCCCAAAACCUUAUCCUACCAGAAUUUCUACACUAUACUUUGUACAUUCAUGACUUCAUUAUUUCCCCUGUAAAAGUAGUGAAGGUGACUAGUUCUUUGGCACUGAAGGAAUUUAGACUUUGGCCCUCCUUGCACUUGUAGAUAUUUUUUAUUUCUAGAGCAGGUUACUAAGACCCAACACUGAUGUUACUUUAUAGUGAAAUUUAUGUUCUUGCCUUUGUGUUUUUAAACGCCAUCAGUAAGGUGAAACCUUAUUUUAGUAAAGUGAUUAUUUGUUCAUGUGUAUUAAUACAGUUAUUCUUAUUACCGUCAUGUCAAUUGAGCAAUAAGUAUUUUUUCUUGUUUGGAGUGUUUCAUAAUGUCUUCCCUAUGAGCAGUCACAACAGUAGACAGAUUCUUACCUGCUUGGCUGUCAUGUGUAAUGUAAAGUUGAAAUAUGUUAUACAUACAAUAUAUAUACAACAUAAGCUGUCACUGUCCAUGUACUAACCAAGUAACAAUGCAUAAAUAAAGACCUAAUGUCAACAUUU